AUGUCUGUCAACAUUGCCAAUGUCCCAAGCUCUUCCAAUGGACAAGCUCGUACAGAGUCUCAGAAGCUGGUGGAUGAGGCUCGCCGAGAAGCCGACGAGAGCUACCAAAAUUUCCACAAUGCACGCGAAAGAGUCUACGAAAUUCAGUACGAACUGUUGGCUGCGUAUGAUCAGGAGGAGGCGUUCGAGGCGAAGAUCAAGAAGGGACCAAGAGGUUCGGAAAUGGAAAAACUCCAACAACAACAUCGCGCAGCUGAGGUCGAGGUGGGCAAGGUCCAGCAACGUCUUGAUAAGGCCGUCGAAGACAGAAAGGAGCUGUUUGUGCUGAUGGAGGCGGAGGAAAUGAAGUACGAAUGGAUCAAGAGCAUUUACGGAGCCAACCAAGCCAACGCCGAAGCCAAUUAG